ACUGAGCUUAUUACUCAGUCUCCUUUUGCCUUUUCCUUAUCUUCUUUGAAAUCUGUUACUCUCCUUUUUGUCUACCUCCAACUUCUGCUUUCCCCAUCUCUUGGUAGACCUGUUCCUGUUUCUGUGCCUUUUCUCUCUGUGGGGUUUCCUUCCUCCCUCAGCAAAAAUGAUAUAUUGGUGCAGCUUCUGUAUCUCCGUCAGUGUAUUCUUUUUCUUAUUUUUCACUGUUCUUCUUUCCCUUCCUACUCAUAAUACAGAAAUGGAACUUUUAUGUUUGUUAUUGACUUUUAUGUUUGUUUAUAGAUCUAUGAUUCUUAAUUUUCAAGGCUAUUAAACAAAACAUUUAAAUUUCUCUCCAUAAAAAUAGGUGGUAUUUGGCAGUUAGUGACUGCCAAAAGGAAACUGAUACCCUGCCAUCUUCCCAGAACUGGUUUUGCAAUAAAUAAUGAGAAUUUAAUGAAAUACUUCUAGGAUAUAGGUGUACACAGAGGAAACUAAUAUAAAGUUAGAGGGGCCUAGUGCUUCAACUGUAAAUUCCAAUUGAAAAUCAGUUUGGUUGCUGAGCAGAGAACAAUUGUUUAAGGUUUAAAAAUGGACUUAUUUCUUCAAAACUUUAAAAAGGAUUUUAUCUUCGAAAGUGAAAUUCCCAAGGACCCCUUGAAGGCCAUUCUGUUGGACUUGGAAUGUCACUUUAUGUGAAAUUUACUUAAGGAAGACAUUCUGUUUCAUGUGGAAGAUACAAUUGAGCAGCAGCUUGAAUUCGUCACCACAGAAUCCAGACUUACUCUUUAUAACCUACUGGCCUACAUGAAACACCUAAAAGGCCAAAAUGAAGAUGCCCUAGAAUGCUUGGAACAAGCAGAAGACAUAAUGCAGCGAGAGCACUUGGACAGAGAAGAAGCGCGACGUCUGGUCACUUGGGGAAACUAUGCCUGGGUGUAUUAUCGCAUGGAUCAGCUUAAGGAAGCUCAGAAGCAUUUAGACAAGAUAGGGACUGUCUGUAGGAAACUGUCCAGUCCUUCUGACUACAAGUUGGAAAUGCCUGAGAUUGACUGUGAGAAAGGGUGGGCACUCUUGAAAUUUGGAGGAAAGUAUUACCACAGGGCAAAAGUGGCUUUUGAGAAGGCUCUGGAAGCAGAACCUGACAAUCCAGAAUUUAACAUCGGCUAUGCCAUCACAGUGUACAGGCUGGACUAUACUGACCGACACGGGUGUAUAAAGAGCUUUUCUCUGGGCCCACUGAGGAAGGCUGUCACCCUGAAUCCAGGUAAUGCCUACAUUAAGGUUUUACCGGCGCUGAAGCUUCAAGAUGUACAAGCAGAAGAUGAAGGGGAAAAGUAUAUUGAAGAAAUCCUGGACCAGGUAUCUUCCCAACCUCAUGUCCUUCGUUACACAGCCAAAUUCUACAGGAGAAAAAAUUCCUGGGACAAAGCUCUUGAAGUUUUGAAAAAGGCCUUAAAAGUGACACCAAUGUCUUCGUUCCUGCAUCACCACAUGGGACUUUGCUAUAGGGCACAAAUGACUGAAAUCAAGAAGCCUACAGACAACAGACCUACAGAGGAGGAUAAACUGAGAAUGGACAGGCUUAUUACAAUGGCUGUAUCUCAUUUCGAAGUAGCUGUGCAACGAGACUCCAAGUUCCCAUUUGUCUACACGGACCUGGCCAGCAUGUAUGUUGAGGCAGGCCAGUGUAGCAAAGCUGAAGAGGUAUUCCAGAAAGCCCUUCAUCUGGAGAACAUAACCGAUGAUCACAAACAUCAGAUCCACUACUACUAUGGCCGCUUUCAGGAAUUUCACUAUAAAUCAUAAAGUACUGCCAUGCGCCAUUAUUUAGAGGCCUUAAAGAUCAGCGACCAGUCAUCCCUCCAUCCCAAACUGAUAAGUGUUCUGAAGCAACUGGCUGUAAAGAGUCUUGGUCAUGAUGCAUCAGAUGUGCAGAGUUUAAGUGCCCUGGGGUUUGUUUACAAGCUGGAGGGAGCCCGGAGGCAAGCUGUUGAGUACUAUGAGCAGGCCCAGAGGCUAGAUCCAGAAAAUGCAGAGUCCCCUGCUGCUCUCUGUGAGCUUCGAUUUUCUAUUUAA